GGCUGGAGCCAAAGAGAAAGAGCAGGAGGGAGGCUGGUGGCUCGGUGCGCUUCGGACGGAGAGGAGCAGGAGGAAGAGGAGGAGGAUGAAGGUGGCUGCAGGUUUAUUGAUCCCUGGCACAGUGAAAUUUCUGCUAUGAUCACAGCACCAGCUUUCUCUCCCAUCUGUCAAGACAUCCCCCUUGAAAACAGAACCAGGGCAUUAUCUGUUCAGUGUAUGUCCUCCAUCCAGGAGCCACAACAGUAUCACCACCAUAAUGGGAAGUGUCAGUAGCCUUAUUUCUGGGCAUAGCUUCCAUAGCAAACACUGUAGGGCAUCACAGUACAAGCUGCGCAAAUCGUCCCACUUGAAGAAGCUGAACAGAUACUCGGAUGGGCUGCUGAAAUUUGGCUUCUCUCAGGAAACUGGGCAUAAUAAGGCCAGCUCAAAGGGCAACAAGAAUGAAGAUUUCUUUUACAUCAAGGUCAACCAGAAAGCUAACCGGGCAGACUACACACCACUCUCUGGUGGGGAGCUAGGGAGCCAGGCUGGGAGGAGCAGCGUGGACUAUGGCACUGCAACACCCCCUAAACUCAAGCCACUCUCCAACCAGCUGGACCUAGGCACAGAGAAGAACGUUGCCAGGCCCACUGCCUUCAAACCUGUGCUCCCUCGUUCAAACACAGUCCUCCAAUCUACUCCAGAGCAUGGCACCCAUGCCUCUCAGCCACUCCAAUCCCAGGACAAAGCUAAAGAUGGGGACCUUAAACCUGCCUUGUGCUCUGGGGGAUUGUCAGACUCAGGGAGGAACUCCAUGUCAAGCCUUCCGACUCACAGUACGGCCAGCAGCUACCAAUUGGACCCUCUUGUUGCUCCAGUAGGCCCCAUUAGUCGAUUUGGGGGCUCUGCCCACAACAUCACUCAGUGUGCCAUCCUGCAGGACAGUAACAUGAUGAGCCUAAAGGCCUUGUCAUUCUCUGACGGGGGCACCAAAAUCCUCAAUCCGGGCAAAGCUCCUUCUGCCCACCCCAAUCCUACUGAGAAGAAUUCCUGCAUCCGCUCACCAAUCUCCACAGAGGAGUCGGCCAUUCAGGAGUUGGAGCAGAAGCUCUUGGAGAGGGAAGGUGAGUUGCAGGAGCUCCAGUGCAGUUUUGAGGAGAAGGAAAUCAUCUCUUGCCAAAACUACGAGGAAAAACAGAGACGCUGCAGGGAUGAAAUGGAACUGCUGAAGCAGAAAUGCAACAACAAGCUCAAGCAUACCUCACAGAAAAGCCAGAGGGCACAGCAGCUUCUGCAGCUCCAGAUUUUCCAGCUGCAGCAGGAGAAGAAGCAGCUCCGGGAGGAGCUGGCAAAUCUAAUGAAGGAACAGGACCUUCUGGAGACCAAGCUAAGGUCCUAUGAGAAAGAGAAGACCAACUUUGCUCCAGCACUGGAGGAAACCCAAUGGGAGGUUUGUCAGAAAUCUGGUGAAAUCUCUCUCCUCAAACAACAGCUGAAGGAAUCCCAGACAGAACUCAACAGCAAGACCAAUGAGGUCCUCAACCUGAAAGCUCAACUGAAGGAUGUCCGGGCAAAAAUGGAACUACUGGAGAUGAAAAUCCAGGACUUGGAAGAAUCUCUGCAUGCCAAGGCUCUGGAGCUGGAGGUGUGUGAAAAUGAGCUCCAACGCAAGAAGAAUGAGUCAGAGCUUCUGAGGGAGAAGGUGAACCUGUUAGAACAGGAAAUUGCGGAACUCAGAACAGAAUUGACCAUCCUCAGAGAAGAGAUGAAGUGUGGGGUGGCCUCUGUAGGCAUGGAGGGUAACAUGACGGAGGAUGCCCAGGUCCUGUGGAGUGAAGUGGAGAAGCUGAAGGCAAAGUUACAGGAGGAGCGGGACAACAAUGAGCAGAUGACAGCUGGAUUCCAGCAGGAACGGCAGGUUUGGAAAGAGGAAAAGGAGAAAGUGAUCCACUACCAGAAGCAGCUGCAGCAGAGUUACCUGCAUAUGUACAAACGGAACCAGAAUUUGGAGAAGAUGGUCCAGCAGUUGGCUGCAGGGGAGGAUGGCAAAGAGCCCUUAGACCUUGACCUCCAGGGUACUGAUGUUCCUUAUGAGGACAUCAUUGCCACUGAAAUCUGAAUGGUGCUCUUGUCUCAUUGUCCAUUCUGGAGGUGAUGGGUCUCUUUCAACUAGAGGUUGUGUACAGCCUGAGAACCACUUGUAAGUUGGUUGAAGUCCUUACCUGGUCAAAAUGGAUCACCAGCUGUUGUCAUGCCACAUGUGCUUGUGUGGUAAGGCAUUGUUCCCAACCAUCAAGCCCAAUGCAUUUCACUAGGAGUCAGGCCACUUCUGAUUCAAAAGGAGAAGGGUGUGUUUUUCCUGUUGACCAUACUAUCAGGGCAGAACCAACACAGUAGCUGCUCUGGUCAAAAAUAUGCAAGUAUUUCAUUGCCAGAUAGAAUAGGUGCCUCCCUCUUACCCGCAAUGCAGGUACAUAUUACUAAGGGAUGCUGGGGAAGUAAAAUUUAGCUCCAUGUGCUACCCCCUGCAGCCAUAUGAAUUCCGUUAUGAUUCUAAUUUAGGCUUUGGGAAAAGUGAAGCCUUUUGAUCAUUCAUUUCUUUGGUUAAAAAAAGAGUAGCCCAUGUACACACAUACACACAGAGAAUGUGCCAUCAUGAGUCCUCAAGGAUACCCUAUCAGUUUUCAUUGUUUGAAGAUAUGUAUUAUACUCUCCUGCUGUGAAGAGGUUGGAGUUUUGGCAAGGCUAUUGUCCCUCGAAUGUUGUGAGACUGUGAUAUCCCUCGUCCCUAGCAAGCACAGCCAAGGGAUGAUCGGUUUGUAGUCUAAUAAUGUCUAGAGGGGCACCAGCUUCCCACCUCUGCCAUGGAGAGUAUAAGACAUUUUCUUAGUUUUUCUAAGGGAAAAAAUGGUCUGCUUCCAUGUUUACUAAGGAGAAGUAUCUUUCUCCAGAAUAUUUAAGAAGCGUGUUCUAGGCUACUAAAAGCCAUAGUUUGGUAAUCAGCCAGUGGACUGACUUUGCCCAUGGCUCAUCACUUAAUAUUACCUCUUGCAGGCUAGCAUUGAUAGAGGUAUAUUUUUAUGUUUCUGUUGGGGCUGGGGAACUGAUGUGUCCUUGUGUUUUUUGAAUGGGAAUGUUUAUAAUUGUUCAUCUAAAAAUGUGAAUAUUUUUAUGGAUCUUUUUGGUUUAGAAAGUGUAUAGUGUUUACUUUUCGACAUUCACCUUCUCCUGUUUUGCCACUGAGAAAGGUUUUGAACCCCACAAAAUUCCCCAUUUAUUUUAUCAAGACAUCCCAGGAGCUGUGAAACAUACAUUUAAUAGAACAGGUGUGCGUAUGCAUGAGAGUGUGUCUGUGCUCAGUAUGGAAGUAUGUAUACGUGUGUUUGUGUGUGUGUUGUAGUGUGCAUGGGAGGAUGAGGUCCCAAGCCACCAUCCAGACCCUAUGGAGCCUAAAGGUUACAAAGAAAAGACAGAGGAAGAACUAAACUACAUGGAUACCCAAAAGUAGAGAGCAUGGCCUAGAAGUUCCAUUAAGACAAGCAGAUGGAUCAAAAGAGUUAAACUGACUCUCUUGAAAGAAGGAGCACACCAUUUAAAAUCAAAAUGUCCACUUGUUCCACUCUGCACCCUCUUUUUGGGAGGAUGGGGGUCUUGAACCUAAGAGAAGGCCCCAGAUGCUCCAAAUACAAAUUUGGCACAAAUCAAAUAACAGCAGACAGGCUUAUGAGAGUCUGCUUCAGCGCCACCGACAGUGAAAGAGCCAGUGAUUGGCCAGGCAGCACAGCUCAGCUGAACAUGUCACACCACGAAAGGAGCUGUAGUAUCAUUGCUGAGGUGGUACUAAAGCUGAGCAGCAGAAGAUGGAACGUCUUUGAGAGUUCCCCAGAGAAAAGGAACAUGAGUUAUUUGUACUAGCUUAUUUAAAGUUACCAGUUCAUAGGCUAAGAAGCAAUAGCCUACAGCUCUAGGCCUGACCAUAGAAAGGAAAGGAAGAAUGUAACAUUCCCCUGUUGGGAUCUUGAUAUGGGUUGGGAAUAGCCUAAGGGGGCCUAUUUGGUUCUAUGGGAGAAGAGUGGUGUUGAUGAAGCCACUCAUCUCCCACUCCAACCCUGCCACCAAGUGCCAUAGGAAACCAUCAUUCUCUCUUCCCUCCUCCAUACAUUGCAUUGGAGGCUUCAGCAGGAGAACAAGGCUCAUGAUAGUCAUAUACAAGAUCCCAAGGCAAUGCAAAGGGUGCAGUCAUGAUAACAGUGGGUAUGUCUCUUCUCUCAAAAGCCCUUCAUGUGCUCUUUGAAUAUUUACCCUCAUUCUCUCCCCCUCCCUCAUCCCCACAUAGUAAAAUAUACUAUUUAUUAUUUAUGUUAAAUGUCUGUAUCCCACCUUUAAAAAAAACAUUCUAUGAGUUUUAACAACAAAAAUAAAACCACAGUUCAAUUUUAAUUCAGUUCAAAAUUUAAAAACCAGCUCUGAAUGUAUUUAGGCAGUCAGCCAGCAGGGAUGUUGUUGUUUUUAGAAAGCAACAAUGUGCCAACAAAAGCAGUGAUUUUUUGUACAAAACUGAGACAGUUAAAGCACUCGUCAAUGAACCAAAAAACCUUCCUUAAAUGGGAAGAUUUCAGCUCCCAACCCUUCAGAAAGGGUAUUAAAGGAGGCAAUGAUGUCUGUCCCUUAGGAAGUGAGAUCUUGUUCUUUAAAUGGCUUUUCCUUGUCACCAGUAAGGAGGAUGCCAUGACAACCUCUGUGAGCAGAACAUUGCACAGUUUAGUCCUCUUGUCUGAGAAAAGCACUAAAAUCCAAAGCCUCAGGGCACAUUCCAGGUGCAUGAAGACUGUACUUCAAUGGUAUAAUCCUUGAUUUGUAUGCAUGCAAAAUGCUCAAAGUGCACUCUCCAGGUAGGGCCAGAAUAUUUGAAGAAGUGACAUUUCUACAUAUGUGCACCUUUCACACUACACAGUUUAGUACUUGGAUCAUCAUUUGUCACAGCUGCAUCCUGUGGAAUUUUAGGAUCUGUAGUUUAAUGGGGCACUAGAGGGUUCUGGUAGAGAAUUCAAAAUACCUCACAAAAUUACAGGUUCUGGGAUUCUGUAGGAUGGAGCCAUGGCAGCUAAGGUGGUAUCAAAAUAUUGUAAUAGUGUAGUGUGAAAGGGGCCAUGAGCAUUUCUGAUUCUGAUGCUGGAUAACUUUUUCCAUCCCAAACAAAAGGAGUCUCCCCACACACACACAGUGUAUUUCUCUCAGUAUAUGUUCACUUCCAUGUGGAACACACCAUGCUGUUCUCAGAGCUCUGUUCAGCAUUUGUGCAACAUUUGUUCAUGUGUUGAAUUAAAAUUGUAUUCAGUGCACAAGGCUGGCUUGUGCAACAUAAUGCAAAUGUGUGUCUUAAAUUCCUGUCUUCAACAUCAGUUCAUGAUCCCCUAAAAUGUUACACACUAGAACAGGGAUGGGAAUCAUGUGGCUCUCCAGAUGUUGUUGGACUGUAGUUUCCACCAGCUCUAGCAAAUAAUGAAGAACCUAGGAGUUCCAGUCCAGAAAGUUGCACAGUUCUCGUUAUGGCUGUGAUGAAAAAGUUCACUUAUGCAUAGUAAGACUUGUGUACGAAGAGAGCAAUUCACACAGUGAAUGAAAUUGUAUACUUAGAUCAACCUCACAUUUGAAAAUGGUAAAGUAGCCAUUGGGUUGAUUCAACACAUUGACCACACACUGCCACACCAGAGAACCUGUUAUUAGCAACUCACAGUGAUGUGAUGAACAUGGAUCUAUAUUGUAAGCUGAGUGAUUGAUAUGACCACUAUCACCAUGUGUUAAACUGAAUCCUGAUUUUCUGCACUUAAGUCUAAACAUGUCAAAAAAAAUAUUCAGAGUUUUGUUUUCUUUAUAAUCUCAUCAAGCCAACUGUGUGAAUCGAUUUUUCAAUCUAUUAUAUUUUUAUCUCCAUACCUCUUCCCAAAUAAUGCAGAAAACCAUCCAGUCUUCCAUCUCACCAUAACCUUGCAGGGUUGCCCAAAUGUCAGGUCAACCUGCCAUGCUCUGUUGCUGAAUAGAAAUGUGAAUGUAGAAUUUCCCAUCACUAAUAAUGGAUACAACCUUAGUCGUGCUGAAAUCAAAUUUACUGACUCACUGAAGUUCCCUUGAUUUUGAUGGGUCAUCUAUCAAAAGGAAAAAAUGAGUUAGUUUUGCUUUACAUUUUCCAGGUCCACAGUGGUGGCCCCAUCAGUGCCAUACCUACUUCAAAUAAACCAGACUCAACUUGUACUGACUACCACACAUUUCCUUUGCCCAAAUUCAAAUUGAUAUAAAGGGGGUGCACUUUUUUCUUUCUUUCCAGCAUGCCAAAACCUAUCAACCAAUAGACUUAUUAUUUGCCUGCCAAUCUUGCCAGUUUUCAUUCUAUUUGCUCGCAUGGCUGGGCUCCCCAACCCUUGCAAAUACAGAGGGAUGACUGCAUGUAAAAAAGGGUUAUAAAAUAAUAGACUUCCAUUUCAGAAACUCUGUUAGACCUCUCUUACUUAGUUGUUGUUGUGUGCCUUCGAGUUGUUUUUCACUUAUGGCGACCCUAAGGCGAACCAUUCAUGGG